AUGUCUAUUGGUACAGGAGAGGCAAUCUAUAUUGCAUUAAAACCAAUACUGAAAAUUUACAGCAUUAUAUUUGUGGGAUUCUUACUUGUACGAUAUAAUAUCCUCACCAUGGAAGUUACAAGAGGGGUCUCCAGUAUGGUCGUAAACGCUAUUUUACCGUGCCUUACGUUCAAUAAAAUUGUUGGUAAUAUAUCCUGGGAGGAUAUCAAAGAAGUCGGUGUCAUUGUUUUAUCUGCGUUAAUUUUAUUCGCAUUAGGCGGUACUUUAGCUGCCUUGAUUAAUUAUUUAACUCCAGUUCCUAAGAGGUGGUUUUGGGGCGCUUUAUUUGCCGGCGUAUUUCCCAAUAUUUCGGACUUACCCAUUGCGUACGUCCAAAGUAUGGGUAAUGGCGCUCUCUUUAAUGAAGAACAGGCUGACAAAGGUGUUGCUUACUCCUGUAUCUUUCUUUUCACACAAAGUAUGCUAAUGAUGAAUUUUGGAUUAUGGAGAGUCAUUGGGUUUGAUUUUACAGGAGAUAUUAAUGAUGAAGAUGUCAUUGAUAAUUAUCCUAUGACGGAUUUAAGCAGCAAGAGAGAAGAAGAAGAAGCUCAAAGAGAUCUUGAAAAGAACACAUCGUCCGCUGCUGAAAAUAGUGCUAGUAGGCCUACUCUACCGUCAACUCACUCGUUAAUGAAAGAUGCAGUAGUUUCCACUACUGCAUCAACUAUGAUUUACAGCAAUGAUACUGCGAACGAUGAUUUUGGUAGUAUUGACAGUAAUGCAAUUUCCUUGGAUGAAAAUGAUGCAGUUGAUUUCGAGUAUAUUCAACCGUAUGAGCUACCCGACUAUAGUACUUCGAGGAUUAAAAGAUCUGCUUCUACAAAUUCGAGCCCUGGAAUAUUGGAAACAUCAAGUCUUCAUAGAAUCAGAACACUGGGACACGACACAUCCAGAUUCAAGAGAAGGAGACCUACUUUAAAUGAUGUCAUCGCGGAAUAUAGCGCUGUAGAAAAGAUCAAAACAGGAGAGUUAAAUUUGAAUCGUCCCCUGAGUUUAAUGGAUGACAUUGGUGAGCACAAUAACAAUACAAUGACCGAAACAUCAGAUAGUGAGAGUGAAUUAUCAUCACAAAAGAAGAGAUCCAUGAGAUUUAAAAUUUCCCAGUUUAGUGAGAGACACCAUUUGCAAUGGCUUACUUAUUUUUUAAUCAAUUUUUUUAGACCUGCAUCGCUGGGAGCUAUAUUAGGUAUUAUUUGCGCUUUGAUUCCUUGGGUUAAGGCAUGUUUUGUUGAUACAUAUGUCCACGUUCACAAAGCCCCUGACGGAGAACCUGUACUAAAUUUUUUAAUGGAUUUUACGGAAUAUAUUGGGAAUGCUUGCGUCCCCUUAGGAUUAUUAAUGUUGGGAGGUACAUUAGCAAGGUUGCAAAUCAAAGAAUUACCUAAAGGAUUUAUCAGGUCUGCAAUUUUACUGACAAUUUUCAGAUUAGUUUUAAUCCCGAUUAUUGGCAUACUAUGGGCAAACAAGCUCUACAAUUUAAAUUGGUUAGAUAAUGUCGUUAGUAAAUUCGUAAUGAUUUUGACGUGGUCAAUGCCAAGUGCUACGGCGCAAAUUUAUUUCACUGCAUUUUAUACACCUGUACAAGGAUCUCAUUUGCAAAUGGAUUGUCUUUCCGUAUUUUUCAUGUUGCAAUAUGUGUUUUUAUUCAUCACAUUAUCAUUUAUUAUCACUUAUACAUUGAAAGUUGAUUUAAAUCUGUAA